AUGGCCAUGGGCUCUGCUGAUAUCGAGGCCGUCGGGGACACAAAGGCCCUGGGACAGGCCACUCAUACGGACUCCCAUGCUGAGGGCGCUGACCGCCGCAUCCGCAGAAAGACCGACAAAACAAUCCUCGCUCUGCUGACUUGGAUCUACUUCCUACAGGUGUUUGACAAGGCCGUGUUAGGAACUGGCGCUGUCUUCAACCUCCAGGAAGACGCAAAUCUCACGGGAAACCAGUAUUCGCUUAUUGGGUCCAUCUCGCCUAUUGCACAACUGGCAUGGCAGCCAUUUUCAGCGUGGCUGAUAGUGAAAGUCCCACCGCGCAUCCUGAUGCCCAGCAUGGUCCUGGGAUGGGGGAUUGCAGAGGCGUCAAUGGCAGCCUGCCACGACUUUACUGGACUGAUCACGGCUCGCUUCUUCCUCGGCCUUUUCGAAGCAGGCUGUCUGCCGCUAUUCACCUACCUGACUGGAAUGUGGUAUCGUCGUGUCGAGCAACCAAUGCGGAUCUCCAUCUGGAAUGGCAUGAACGGUGUAGCGACAAUGGCAGCCUCUGCUGUCUCUUAUGGCCUGGGCCAUAUUCCCUCUGAGCACCUAAAGCCCUGGCAAACGAUCUUUCUUUUCGCUGGUCUGCUCACCGUUGUCAGCGCCCCUGUUGCGUAUUGGAAGCUGGACAACGACAUCAGCACCGCUCGCUUCCUGACAGAGGAUGAACGGCUUCAGGGGGUAGAACGCCUGCGUGCCAACCAGACCGGUGGAAGUACCCACGAGUUCAAGUGGGCGCAGGUCCUCGAGGUCGCACUGGAGCCCAAGUCCUGGCUGUGGGUUGCGAUGGCAGUGCUGCCCAACAUGGGGUCUGCUAUGACCAGCAUCUUUGGUCCGCUGAUUAUCACAGGCUUUGGGUUCGACAAGUUCCAGACCUCCCUGCUCAACAUCCCGUUCGGCGCCGUGCAGACCGUUGUCAUCGUCGCCAGCUGCUGGGCUGCCUCCAAGGUGAAGAUAAAGUCGGCGGUGUUGAUAGGCUUCACUCUACCGGUCAUCGUGGGUAUUGCAAUGCUUUAUGGACUCAAGCGCGAUGCAUCCCAGCGACCUGCAUUGCUCGUGGCGUACUACCUGUGUGCCUUUUUAUUCGCCGGCAACCCUCUCCUCCUGGCCUGGCUGGUUGGAAAUACGGCCGGGGCAACCAAGAAGUCCACAACGCUGGCUCUCUUCCAGGCCGGCGUCUCUGCUGGAGCACUGGCCGGUCCACUUCUGUUUACCAGUGAUCAAGCCCCGGGAUAUCUGCCGGGUAUUCGGGGUGUGCUGGGGCUGUUUAUUGCGUUGAUCGGAGCCGUGAUCAUCCAGCUGUGCAACUUGGUAUUCCUCAACAAAAUGCAGAGGAAGAAGAGGAUAGCAAAUGGAAAGUCUGCAGAUAUCAUCGACCAGUCAAUGCGAACCGACAUCAAUGCAGGCGCAAAGGGGCAGGACCAGGAGGAGACGGGGGAGCCAGCGUAUGAAGACUUGACAGACCGGCAGAACGAUCAGUUUGUGUACAUUUACUGA